GGGGCUGGGGGCCUCGAAGGGCUCCAGAGCGGCGAGUGGCGAGCCAUGGCGCUGGGGCUACAGCGCGCAAGGUCGAGCACCGAGCUGCGCAAGGAGAAGUCCCGGGAUGCGGCCCGCAGCCGGCGCAGCCAGGAGACCGAGGUGCUGUACCAGCUGGCACACACGCUGCCCUUCGCGCGUGGGGUCAGCGCCCACCUGGACAAGGCCUCCAUCAUGCGCCUCACCAUCAGCUACCUGCGCAUGCACCGCCUCUGCGCCGCAGGGGAGUGGAACCAGGUUGGAGCAGGGGGCGAACCAUUGGACGCCUGCUACCUGAAGGCCCUGGAGGGUUUCGUUAUGGUGCUCACCGCCGAGGGAGACAUGGCUUACCUGUCGGAGAAUGUCAGCAAACACCUGGGCCUCAGUCAGCUUGAGCUGAUCGGACACAGUAUCUUCGAUUUUAUCCAUCCCUGUGACCAAGAGGAGCUUCAGGAUGCUCUGACUCCCCGGCAGAGCCUGUCCAAAAAGAAGCCGGAGGCCCCCACCGAGCGGUGCUUCUCCUUGCGCAUGAAGAGCACGCUCACCAGCCGCGGGCGCACCCUCAACCUCAAGGCGGCCACCUGGAAGGUACUGCACUGUUCUGGACACAUGAGGGCCUACAAGCCCCCUCCGCAGACUUCCCCCGCUGGGAGCCCUGGCCCCAACCUGGAGCCCCCCCUGCAAUGCCUGGUGCUCAUCUGUGAAGCCAUCCCCCACCCUGGCAGCCUGGAGCCUCCGCUGGGCCGGGGGGCCUUCCUCAGCCGCCACAGCCUGGACAUGAAGUUCACCUAUUGUGACGAGAGGAUCGCGGAGGUUGCCGGCUACAGGCCCGAUGACCUGAUUGGCUGUUCCGCCUACGAGUACAUCCACGCGCUGGACUCGGACGCCGUCGGCCAGAGCAUCCACGCUUUGCUGAGCAAGGGCCAGGCAGUCACGGGGCAGUACCGCUUCCUGGCCCGGAGUGGUGGCUACCUGUGGACCCAGACCCAGGCCACAGUGGUGUCAGGGGGCCGGGGCCCCCAAUCUGAGAGUAUCGUCUGCGUCCACUUCCUGAUCAGCCAGGUGGAAGAGACCGAAGUGGUGCUGUCCCUGGAGCAAACGGAGCGACACUCUCGCAGACCCAUUCAGCGGGGCACCCCCUCUCAGGAGGAUGCUCCUAAUCCUGGGGACAGCCUUGACACCUCUGGUCCCCGGAUCCUGGCCUUCCUGCACCCCCCUACCCUGAGUGAAGCUGCCCUGGCCGCUGACCCCCGUCGCUUCUGUAGCCCUGACCUCCGUCGCCUCCUGGCACCGAUCCUGGAUGGGACUUCAGUAGCUGCCACCCCCAGCGCACCCCCGGCCACAUGGCGCCCCCUAAGUCCUCUUCCGGCUGAUCUCCCAGAUGAACUGCUUGCAGACGUGGAGAACGCACACAAAUUCUUUGCCUCUGGGAAAGACCUGGAUGCAGUGGAGACAGACCUAGAUAUAGCUCAGGACGCCGACGCUCUGGAUUUGGAGAUGCUGGCCCCCUACAUCUCCAUGGAUGAUGACUUCCAGCUCAACUCCAGCGAGCAGCUGCCCAGGGCCUACCACCGACUUUCAGGGGCUGUCCCCCGGCCCCGUGCUCGGAGUUUCCACGGCAUGUCGCCCCCAACCCCUGAGCCCACUCUGCUGCCCCGCUGGGGGAGCGACCCCCGGCUGAGCUGCUCCAGCCCUUCCAGAGGGGUCCCCUCAGCAGCUUCCCCCAGGGCUGGGGCCCGGAAGAGGGCCCUGGCCCAGAGCUCAGAGGAUGAGGCAGAGGGGGUGGAGCUGCUGGGAGUGAGACCCCCCAAACGGUCCCCCAGCCCAGAACCUGAAAACUUCCUGCUGCCUCCCCUCAGCCUGAGUUUCCUUCUGACAGGAGGGCCAGCCCCAGGGAGCCGGCAGGACCCUGGCACCCACCUCCUGGAACUGAAUGAGCCCCUGGGCCUGGGCCCCUCCCUGCUCUCCCUCUCCCGGGAUGAGGACGCCGCCCAGUCCAGGAGCCACUUCCAGCCAGCGGCAGACUUGGCCCAGGCCCACUGAGCCCAGCCCUCUUCCCACCUCCCUCCCACCCCCCGCAGAGAGGACGCCAAUCAUACUCCAAGCCGGCAGCCAACGCACAGGGUGGGGGUGCCGGGAGAGGGGUUCCCUCUCCUCUCAGGGGCCCCCACCCGCCUUGGGCCUACCUCAGCCCCCACCCCUCCGUACCCCCUACUGUCUGGGGGCGCUCUGGAGUGGUCUCAGCUCAGUGACCUCUGGGAGGGGGUUCCUGGCCCCCUCCUGCUUCUCUCAGGACUUCCCUUGGGGUUCUCAAUACCGGUUACCUCAUCCCUUUCUCCAGCUCUCUCGGCUUUGCUUUCAGUAAUCAGGGGUUGGGGAGGGUUCAGAGCUAUAUUUGCAGGCUUGGGGGAGUGUGGAUAACCAUCACCAGGUUUCUUUCCAUCUUUCUUUCAUUCUUAUUUUGAUUUUUGUUGUUUUCAUGAUGUUUUUAAUCACUGCAAAUUACCUGCGGUUCAUAAUAAUGUGGAACUCUCAUCUCCCACCCCACCCCCCGCCCCAACUCAGGUGUCAAUGGGGAGCGGGGGCCCUCUGGGUCAGAUCUCAUACCUCAAAAUAGAUUUCUAAUCAAGCUCUUAGCUUCCCAAGUGGCCCCUCAGCUCUGCCCACUCCUCCGCCCUGGACUUCUGCUGGCCCCUCCCUGGCAUAGACACCAGCUCCAUUGGUGGGCUUCCACUGGGGGCGGGCCUCCACUGACACCUAGGACAGUUAGCUGGAGCCCCCAACCUCUGCUUCCAGACCUUAAACAGCAACAUUCUAUGGUUCUAGACCACAAAACCCCCAGCGUGGUCUGCUUCAGGCCUUGCAGCCUCCAAAAGCUCUGAUUCCAGAUGUCACAGUCUUCAGUUCUUUCUUGUUCUAGACUGUGCAACCUCUGAAAUCGAUUUUCCUGUUUCACAGUCUCUAAGGUUGUCUGGUUCUAGGCCUCACAGCCUCCAACUCCCGCAGGCCCAUAACCAUCAGCGUCCUCUGGCUCUAGAGCUCUCCCCAUAAAGAUUGCUUGUUCUCGAUGGCACAUACCCCAACUCCUGCUGAUUCUGGCUCUUACGGCCAAUGAUUUCCUUUGAUUCUGGACCCCGCAACCCUAAGCUUUGAAUUGCUUCUAGUCUUCCUGAUCUGUAAUGCAUUUGGUUGGUUCCAAAUCCAGGCUUCCGAAUGUCUAAAUCAUUUUGAUUCUAAACCUCAAGAUGCCCAGCUCAAUUCUUUUUCAAUGCUACAUGCAAGACUUGCUUUUCUCAUCAAAAAGAAGCAAAAUGGGUUUCCCGUCUUGAUCUUAUACCAAGUACCUUCAGAACCACACUUUUUAGUUCAUUUUUGCUCUAGACCUUAGGAUCUCUACCAUCUACUGGGUCUGGACUAUAUAACCUUUACACCUUGCGGUUUCCAGGGCCCUCUGAUUGCGGAUCUGAUGACCUCUCUUUUCUCUGGUUUUAGAAAUUGGCUUCGAAUGUCUUCUGAUUCCACACCUCAUCCUAUACCUGCCUGGAUUCUAGACAAUCUCCAAUUCCCCCUCAUUCCACAUCUUAUGGCUCCAAAUCACCCUGCGUCUAGAACUUGGCCUUCACACAUCUUCGGAUUAGAGACCUUGCCCUAUAAAAUUUUCUGGUUCUAGGCCUACUGCUCUAAACUCCUGAUUCUAGAGCUUAUGACCCCAAAUUCCUUUUGGUUCCAGAACUUGGUCUUAAAUUCAGUCCUUACUCUAGAAAUUCCUCUGGUUCUAGGCCUCACAGCCUCCAAGUGCCUCUGAUCUCAGAUCCAAAUUCUUCUGAUUCUAGAAAUCAGCCUCCAAAUGCUUCUGAUUUGAGAGUCUGGACCUCUCCCUGUAGACUCCUCUGGUUCUGAAUCUUAAAACCUCUGACUCAGAUUCUGGGCUUCCCACCCGACUCCACUUGCUCCAAUUCCUACUCUUAAGUCUUCCUAUUCCAGAUCCCCCCCUCCAGGUCCUUGUGCUAGUGGACUUCAUGCUCAAGCCUCUUCAUUCUCAAGCUCCUAUCCCUAAAAUUUCUCCGUCCUAGAACUCCCUCCAUCCCCCACCUCUCAGCCAGCCAGAUGUGCACGUACCUUUACCUAACCCCCAGGUAUCCGGGGAACCUGGGGCUCCCUCACAACCCACAGACUUCCCCAGCCGCGCAGGCACACGCACAGACCUUCUGCAUAUCAUGGGGUGGGACGAGAAGACAGGUCUCCUCAGUACUCCGCUACCACUUAUGUGUCCCUGUCCCACCCUUCUUUCUACGAUGGUGCUACUCUUACCCUUGAAGAGGCCUCCCUCUCUCAACCCAAUUCACUCCCUUUUUGGAAGGCACUUCUCACUCUUUUGUCCAGGGAUGGCCUGUCCCGAUUGGUGCUAUGGGGAGAGAAGGGCCUGACCCCUCCCUCCCUCUGGGGGUGACCUGGGCCCUCAAUGGGGGGAAUUGUGCUGGGCUGGGGGAGGGAAAGGGACUGAACCGACAAUGCUGGCUCUGAAACCCACUAAUCUUUAAACUCCUAUAAAGAUCUCUCCUUGGUAGGCACCA